AUGGGGCUUGGCUCCAAGAAUUUGAUAGAGACUCUUGGUUUAUCAACCUCAGACCAUGCUUCAGUGGUUUCAAUCACUGUAUUUGUCACCCUUUUGUGCACAUGCAUUGUGAUUGGUCAUCUAUUAGAAGAAAGUCGAUGGAUGAAUGAAUCAACCACGGCCCUUAUAAUUGGUUUAAGCUCAGGAGUUCUAAUUCUACUUGUGAGUGGAGGGAAAAGCUCACAUCUCAUGGUGUUCAGUGAGGAUCUUUUCUUCAUCUACUUGCUUCCUCCUAUCAUUUUUAAUGCUGGUUUUCAGGUUAAGAAGAAACAGUUCUUUCACAAUUUCAUGACAAUAAUGUUAUUUGGAGCUAUUGGUACAUUGAUAUCCUUCACUAUCAUAUCAAUCGGUGCUAUUACCAUUUAUAAGAAAAUGGAUGUUGGACUUGCCAUUGGAGAUUAUUUCGCGAUUGGGGCUAUAUUUGCUGCAACAGAUUCUGUGUGCACGUUGCAGGUUCUAAGUCAGGAUGAGACACCAUUACUCUACAGUCUGGUAUUUGGAGAAGGUGUUGUAAAUGAUGCAACAUCAGUAGUGCUUUUCAAUGCAGUCGAGGAUAUUGACCCAACUCGUAUCAGUACUAGUGUGGCUCUCGGUCUUGUUGGGAACUUUGCCUAUUUAUUUUUCUCAAGCACUGUGUUGGGAGUUGUUGUUGGACUACUCAGUGCAUUUGUAAUAAAGAAACUCUACUUUGGAAGGCAUUCUACAGAUCGCGAGGUUGCUAUUAUGAUGCUUAUGGCUUACCUUUCAUACAUGCUGGCAGAGCUAUUCUAUUUAAGUGGCAUUCUCACCGUCUUCUUCUGUGGGAUUGUGAUGUCACACUACACCUGGCACAAUGUCACUGAGAAAUCUAGAAUUACCACCAAGCACGCUUUUGUGACGUUGUCAUUUGUUGCUGAGACAUUCAUAUUUCUUUAUGUGGGAAUGGAUGCACUAGACAUUGAAAAGUGGAGAGUUGUAAGUGACAGCCCGAAAACUUCCAUCUCAGUGAGCGCAACUCUAAUAGGAUUGAUCCUUGUUGGAAGAGCAGCCUUUGUAUUCCCCUUGUCAUUUUUAUCUAAUCUAACCAAAAAGUCUCCAACAGAGAAAAUUGGCUUUAAGCAGCAAGUUACGAUAUGGUGGGCAGGUCUAAUGAGAGGUGCAGUUUCAAUGGCUCUUGCUUAUAAUAAAUUCACUCGGGGAGGUCACACCCAAUUGCGUGGCAAUGCUAUAAUGAUUACCAGCACCAUAACCGUCGUCCUCUUCAGCACCGUGGUUUUUGGGUUGAUGACAAAGCCUCUAGUGAGGUGCUUAAUGCCAUCACCAUCGAAGCACCAUCACUCAAGCACGAAUACCUCUUCGGAGGAAAUGUCGAGAUCGUUCAUGGUGCCCCUCCUAGGGAGCAGCCACGACUCAUAUCACGAGCUGUUUGCUGGAAACGGAGGAACGAGUGGUGAAGGGAGCGGGCACAACAUAAUCCGGCCACACAGCCUACGCAUGUUGCUUACAACCCCGACUCGCACGGUUCAUUAUUAUUGGAGAAGAUUCGACAAUGCCUUCAUGCGACCGGUGUUCGGAGGCCGCGGCUUUGUUCCAUACAUACCGGGCUCUCCCAUUGAACAAAGCAUGCAUGAGGCUCAGUGGCAAAGUGCAGGAGGAGGAGAUGUCAGACACUGA